GACUGCCUCCCUCUUCCCUCCCUCUGUCUCUCUGCAAGCUGCUUCAGGCUUUUUGCUCAAUUAAGCAGUUCCUGAGCAGGGUAGAGGAGUGCUCAGGGGCAGUGGAGUGUUUUUGGAGAUAGAGAGUUGCUGUUUGUGCUUUAGAUCUUCCCUGAACAUGUGAUAAUAUAUUGAAGAUGUCUUAAGAUGGACAUACAUCAUCCAUUUUGAAUCAAAACAUCCAAAAGGCACUCCAUCCAACUGAAAAAUAUAUGAGGAACUUUGAAUUUACAAACCAAGAAUGGUUCUUCAAAAUAGGACCCAUAUGUGGCCAUUUUGGUGUCUCUUUUUGUCGGGACUUUUGCACUUGUGCAUGUGCUCCCUGGUGAAGACCAACCAUGGCCUGCGGGUAAAGAGAGGAAGGUCAGCUUUCUUGCAGGAAGGAGAUCUGCAAUUCCACAUACCCAGAGAGAAGGAUGCCUGUAAGCUGGAAGUUGUCCUUAAUGAACCUAUAACCCAACGUGUUGGCACGCUGUCCCCUCAGGUUUUUGACUGCCACUAUUUGGCUGAUGAGGUGAAAUAUACUCAUAACGGCUGUCCGAUUUUAAAAGAAGAUAUCGUUAAACUUCGAUUGUACAGAUUCACAGAGACAGAGACAUAUAGCGAACUGGUCUCACUCCAUAUUGAGAUCAUGGAACCUGACUGUAAUGUUAUAAAGUUGGGACCUCAGACAUUGCAAGUUCCAGAGUUCUAUGGCCUUUCCAAUAUACUUGAUGGUAAUGUGAUGUCCUUCCACUAUGAGCAUCGACCCAACAUAGAGUGUACUAUUAGGGUGACAACACCAGACUCUGGUCUACCUGGACAUGGCCAGUUGGUCACUGGUGACCCUGACAAGCUAGAAGGCCCAAGAGGAGAUGAACCAGACAGCUUUGUCUCAAUUCGACAACAAUUAGAAAAUAAAGCCAGAGCCAAAUGCAAGAGUGAAGACUGUUUGAAAGGACUGAAACUGGUGACGAUUACAAAAGUGUCUUGCGAAGAAUUCUUAAUGAUGGGCAUUCGCUAUCAGCAUACAGAUCCUCCAUCACCUGAUAUCGAUUACAUUGCUAUCAAACUGGACCUCACAGACACAAGAAGUGGGAGCAUAAUCCAGUCAGAGCAAGCCUGGAUACCUGUGACCAUUAAAGGUGCAGUUCCUAACCAGCCCCCAAAGCCUGCCUUCAUGUCCAUGUUCAUUCUGGAAGUAGAUCAGUUCAUCCUGACGCCACUGUCCACAGCCAUCCUUGAUGCAGAAGAUGCUGAGACCCCAAAGAACAGAUUGGUGUUCAAUAUCACCAAGCCUCCCAGUGAAGGCUUCAUCACGCAUUUAUCUGAUCACACCAAGCCUAUCUCAUCCUUCACCUGGGUGGACCUUAAUGAAAUGCUUAUCGGCUACCAGCCUCCCAAUUCCAGCCAUGUGCAGCGUAGGAACUAUGAGGUAGAGUUUGAAGUCCAUGAUUUCUACUUUGAGAAAAGUUCACCUAUUGUGGUACAUGUGUCAAUUAGGACAGCAGACACAAAUGCACCACGAGUGUCAUGGAACAUGGGUCUCAGUCUCCUGGAAGGUCAGUCUCGGCCCAUCACGUGGGAUCAGCUACAAAUUGUGGACAAUGAUGAUCUAAAGGCUGUAAGAAUCAUUACUGUGGAUGGCCUUCAGCAUGGAAGACUGACAGUCAGAGGUGGAAAAGGGUUCAUGUUUACUGUAAGUGAUAUCAAGGAUGGAGUGGUACGCUAUUACCAUGAUGACAGCGAUACCACCAAAGAUUUUGUGGUCUUUCGGAUCACUGAUGCACGCCACCAGACCAGACACAAGUUCCCCAUAAACAUCUUACCCAAAGAUGACAGUCCACCAUUCCUCAUCACUAAUAUGGUCCUGGAACUCUCUGAGGGACAAACGGCUCUUCUUAGAGGUUCUAUACUACAAGCGUCAGAUAUGGACUCCAGUGAUGACUACAUCAUGUUUAACAUCACUAAGCCACCUCAAGCAGGGGAGAUCAUGAAGUUGCCAGGGCCAGGAAUCACAGGUUAUCCUGUAAUGCGUUUUCUUCAAAAGGAUCUCUUUCAUUCCAUCAUCUACUACAGACACUUUGGCACUGAAGUAUUUGAUGACUCUUUUGAAGUGGUGUUAUCUGACUUCCAUGAUCCUCCCAAUCUCUCAGAGCCUCAGGUCGUUGUGAUUCAAAUUCAACCUGUCCCAGAUCAGCCACCUAAAGAGGCCCCAGGAGUAACUCGACAUCUGAUAGUCAAAGAGACAGAUGUGGUUUAUUUAACAAAGCAGCAGUUACACUUUGUUGAUGUGGAGUCACCUGACUGUGAGCUUACUUACACUGUUACCACCCUACCUUUCUACACUUCCACUUUUGGGGGACAUGAUGCAGGAAGGUUGUUCCUUGUUGACAGCAUCCCAAAACUGGCUAAGGACCCCAAUGCCCCUGUUCUUAGACUUUUUACACAGCAUGCUGUCAACUACAUGAAAGUGGCUUAUAUGCCUCCUUUCCAAGAUAUUGGGCCUUAUCCUCAGUAUAUUCAAUUAGUGCUGUCUGUGACCAGUGAGCAAGGCCGAACUACCACUGGAAUCUGUUUCAACAUUACAGUGCUGCCUGUAGACAACCAGUCCCCAGAGGUGCACACAAAUCAGUUGACUGUGGAUGAGGGGGGAGAAUGCUGGGUCAGUGCAGAUUACUUGCAUCUGACUGAUGUGGAUUCUGUUGAGGACUCGCUACGUGUGAAACUGAAGAGAAGGCCUCAGCAUGGAGAUGUGUAUUUGGAUGGUGCACCAUUGGAUCAAGGCCAGACCUUCACUGUUAGAGACCUGAAAAGCUUAAAAGUUAGAUACCACCAUGAUAGUUCAGAGACAGAGAAAGAUAACAUUGAAUGUAUCGCCACAGACGGGGUGAAUUCAGUUGAAUUUGUUUUACAUAUUAAGGUAACACUAGUCAACGAUGAAAUACCAGCACUGGUGCCAGGCUUGAAGACUGUUCUAGAGUGUGCAGAGGGACAGGAAGUAGUGAUCACCAUUGAGUACAUCUGUGCAACUGAUGCUGAUAGUGAUGACAACAAACUGAUCUAUCUGAUUGCUCGUCAGCCGUAUCAUGGUGUAGUGCUAAAGAAUGGUAUAGUGGUAGACCGGUUCUUUCAAGAAGAUAUAGAAGCCAGGAUCAUCAGCUACAAACACACAGGCCUGGAGGUUGGAUUGCUCCCUCGUCAUGACACCAUCACAUUUGUCAUUUCUGAUGAACAGACGGAUUCAGUUCCUUCAUGCUGCUUUGACAGACCGUCUCUGUUUAAUGGUCAAACAAAACAUCCCCAGGACUCCUUGCUAAUCUAUGACCUCAAUAUUACUGUUUAUCCUGUGGACAACCAGCCACCAUCCAUUGUUAUUGGUGAAGUUCUUCAGGUGGAUGAAGGAGGUUCUGCCUCGAUCACUGUAGCACAUAUAGAAGCCUCUGACCAGGACACACCUUUGGAGGAGCUGCAGCUUGUCUUGGUGACUCCACCAAAGUUUGGAUAUAUUGAGGACAUUUUGCCUAGUCCAGGGUUUGAGAAGAGCAACAUGGGAAUCAGUAUUGCCUCUUUUUCCUAUAGAGAUCUACUGAAUGGACACAUAAACUACGUGCAGUCCAGACAUCAAAGGAUUGAACCCACUGCUGACCAGUUUAUGCUUUACAUCACUGACAGCGAACACCAAUCCUCUGCAAUCCCCUUCUACAUCAUCAUCAAGCCAACAAAUGAUGAAAGCCCAGAUUUUCUAGCCAGGAACAUUAGUGUCCGAGAGGGAGACAUGAAGGAGUUGGAUGCCUCCAUUAUUAAUGCUGUGGAUUUAGAUGUUCCCAAAGAUCGAUUAACAUUUCGCAUCAUCCAGCAGCCCAAACAUGGGGCUAUCAUGGGGGGGUUUCAUGGUAAUGAUGUGGCCCAUUAUAGAAGAUCCAUCCGGAAUCAAGGAACAGAGGCUCAGGUCCAAAUCUUCACCAUGGAAGAUCUCAGAAAUGGUAUGACACUGAUGUACUUGCAUGAUGACUCAGAGAGCGAAAAAGACAGCUUCAUCAUCCAGCUAUCAGAUGGAAAGCACCAACUCCAGAGGCACAUAUCAGUUAAAGUGAUGCCUGUCAAUGAUGAGAAGCCAUGCAUCAUUAGGAACACUGGCAUUGAGGUGGAACCAGGAGAAGCCAGACUUAUUUCCAGUGCUGUCCUAAAUGCUCAUGACAAUGACACUCCCUCCACUAAUAUCAUCUACGAGUUUGAGAGUGUUCCUGUUCAUGGCAUGCUUCAGAUUAAGGCAGGCCUGGACUGGAUGACACUGUCAGCAGGAAUGAACUGUUCCCAGGAAGCUGUGGAUAUGAACUUGCUUCGCUAUGUACACACAGCUCAGGCAGGAGCUCACACACAAGACUUUUUUGUCUUUUAUCUACAGGAUGGAAAGAACCGUUCCCCUGCACAGCACUUCUACAUCUCACUCAAGCAGCUAGAGAAAGGAGACAUAGCACUGUUCGUAAAGCCGGUAAGAGCUAGCCGUGGAGAGCAUGUAGUGAUCACUACAGAUGUCUUGCUGGCUGUAGAUGGCACUGAAAUGCCAGAAGAGCUGCUCUAUGUCAUCACUGUGCCUCCAGUACACGGUCAUAUGGAGUACAUCAAACACACAGGCAUUCCCAUACACUCUUUCAGCCAGCUGGAUGUAGCGGCUAAUCUGGUGUGCUACGUCCAUGACAACAGAGCUACCUCACCUAGGGAGACAGUGCAGUUUGUCAUCAGUAAUGGAAAAUGCACACGAAAUGGUACUCUGGAGAUUUUGGUGGAUGUGACAGACAGAGUUCUCCCGACACUAGUGCAGAAAGCUGGACUGCAGGUUCCUCAGGGUUCCACAAUUACUAUCACCACAGAUAACUUGCACCUGUCUGACCCAGAUACCCCGCCUCAUUCCCUCGUCUACAUACUGGUGCAUGCCCCACAGUAUGGUUGGCUAAUUGUGAAAGGUUUCCCCUUAGCUCCUGGGAGCAACUUCACCCAGCAGAACCUUCAGGACCUGGAUGUUGCUUACAGACACUCAGGUGGAGCUUCUCAGAUCGAUCACUUUACUUUCACUGCUGCUGAUAGCACAGCAAGAGGGUUCCUGUCGGGAGGGAAAGUGCAGACUGAGCCAGUCUUCUUUUCUAUACAGAUCGAAACAUUAGACCGGUCUGCUCCAAGUGUGAUGGUGCUUGAGACUCUGUGGAAAGUGGAGCUUCUAAAAGAUGGACGUUAUGGAAUCUUUAUCUCAUCCCGAGAAUUAAAGGCUCAGGAUACAAAUGUUGCAGAUGAGAACAUCAUCUUCCACAUACUCAGAGCUCCUUACUUUGGAUACUUGGAAAACAUCACCAAUGGUGCUUUUGUGCGUCAGAGGUUCACUCAAAAGGAUUUGAACAAGAGGAAUAUUCUGUAUAUAAUUAACCCUUCUCUGGAAGCAUUAAGUGACAGUCUGGAGUUUGCAGUUUCUGACCCACUGGGCAACACUGGAUCAUCUCACAAAUUAGAGUUCAGCUGGGCCAGUGUAGCAUUGGCCAAGACAGAGUUUCGUGUGUGUGAAGGCACAGGACCACUCUCUCUCACUAUUCAGAGGAAGGGCAAUAUGCAGGAUUCAUCAUAUGUUACUCUCAAGGUAAAGGAGCUAACAGCAGCUAUAGGAAAGGAUUUCAUAUCAGCUCCAUCAACUCUGAUUCAGUUUGAUCCUGGCGUGGCCAGUCGGGAGUGGAAGGUGGAGCUUGUGCAGGAUUUUCUUGAAGAGGCAGAGGAGAUGUUUGAGGUGACACUGGAUUCCCCAGUAGGUGCAAUACAGAGAGGAAACAACAAAGCUGUCAUUACAAUAAUGGACAACAAGAACGGGCAGUGUGAUGAGAAACUAUCCCCCAGAGGCCCAGAUCUUCAGGGUAAGGUGUUGCAAGUAGGGCCCUACCCCAAACAUGGCUCCAUUAAGGUAGAGACUUUACCGAUCACCUUGAGGGAUGUGCCAGAGACUGCCAGAGGUGACAACUUGCCUCAAGUUAUUACUCCUGUCUCCAAGAAAAGACUAAGACCCAAUGGCAAUGGAAAGUCUAUUCGACCAUCUUCAAUCAUUCGGAGCGGAUCUGAUGUUCUUUACACUUAUCAUGGAAUAAUGUCACUGACUGUGGAAGAUGAAACAGCCAUGAACUCUGGAAAGAAGGCUCAAGUGCAUGUGACCAGUAGAGGGCAGCAGCGUUCUCUCCCAGCCAAAAUCUCCAGCCACCUCACAGCACUUCCUACAAAUAACCUGAGAGGAACAGCUCCUCAGAAUGUUUUCUCUAGGCCCGAACCUAAGGCCUGCACUCCACAGCUGGCAGGUUUAUUCCAUAUUAAUGCAAGCUUAGGUCAGAUCCUGCAAUGUAAUGGGAUUUCCUGGAAACCCUGGGCUGCUACAGAUGAGGCUGUGAAUGCACAGAAGUGUCCACAGGGGUGGACUUAUCAUAGCCACCACUGCUAUCUGCUGAGCACAGAGCGAAAAGCUACAUGGAGCGAUGCUGCCAGGGCCUGUCGAGAAAGUUUCCAAGGCAACCUUGUUAGUGUGCUAUCAAAAGCUGACAUGGAUUGGCUCUGGGACUUCAGUGAGAGAAAGCCCUUCUGGAUUGGUCUGAAUGACCGGGAGAGUAAAGGCCGGUGGGAAUGGGUGGAUGAAGAGCCGGUUACUUACACCAACUGGAGGCGUGGUCCACCCCGACCCAGACUUAAGAGCAACAGGAAGUGUGUUUUGGUCUGGAGGAAGACAAAAUGGCAAAUCCGAGAUUGCUUUACUGGAAAGGGACACCGUUUUGUGUGCUAUGUGAAAACAUGACCUGCUACUGAUUACCAAAUAAUUCAUAUCCCCUCUUAAGAUCUACUUGUUUACGUCAUGAUAUAAGACCAUCCAAUAUACACCGAUCCGCCAUAACAUUAUGAGCACUGAGAGGUGAAGUAACUAAUACUGAUGAUCUCCUCAUCAUGGCACCUGUUAGUGGGUGGGAUAUAUUAGGCAGCAAGUGAACAUUUUGUCCUUAAAGUUGAUGUGUUAGAAGCAGGAAAAAUGGACAAGUAAGUUUGACAAGGACCAAAUUGUGAUGGCUAGAUGACUGGUUCAGAGAAUCUCCAAAACUGCAGCUCUUGUGGGGUGUUCCCGGUCUGCAGUGGUCAGUAUCUAUCAAAAGUAUACUUUAAGUCCUGUAAGUUGUGAGAUGUGGCCCUUGGAGGCCCCACAUUGCAACUUACAGGACCUAAUGGAUCUGCUGCUAACAACAUCUCGGUGCCAGAUACCACAGAACACCUUUAGGGAUCUAGUGGAGUGCAGGCCUAGAUGGGUCAGGACUGAAAGUGGGGACCAACACAAGAUUAGGCAGGUGGUCAUAAUAUUAUGCCUGAUCAGUGUAUAUUAGUGCUUAUGGUACAUGAUGAACUUGGAAGGUAAAUGGUGUAUUAUUCUUCAAGUAUAAUAAUAUUUAGAGAGGCACAGUACACAAUAAUGACUAUGUGAUAAGAACAUCAGAAGUUUGAAAGUGGAUGCAGAUAUUAGUACCUCAGCUGUGCAGUGUUAUAUCAGAUCUCACACUGAAACUGAAAUGAUUUAUGUAAUGAAAAGCAGCACUGUAAUACUGUAAAUGUACACUCACCUAGAUACAUUCUUUCAGAAUUAUUUCAUGUAUGUAUGUACAGUGAGGGAAUAUUUGGACAAUUUAUAUUUUAUGUAACCUUUACAUAUAUACUGUCCAAAUAUCUUAUUUCCUAUCAAUUUCAUUUUUAAACAUAUCUUUGUAUAUGCUUAUGAAUACAGAAAUUUUUGUUCCUAUUUAUAAGUAGAAAGUCAAAAGACAUUAAGUGUGUCAAUUUCAAGUGGACAUAUGCACUGGAAGUAUUAUAAAUAACAGGAAAAAAGGGUGUCUGAAUGCUUACUUCCUCUUAUUGUCUGUAUAUAUGUAUGGGAUUUAAACACAUUAUAGACUUGAUGUACUCAAAAAGUCUCGGGCUGAUACAAUCACAGGCAAACAAUACACUCCCUGCUCACUGAAUCGGAAGUGUUAUCAAACACUUAGUAACGCUUUGUUAUUUAAAGCCAUCAGCACACUGAUGCAGGAUCACCAUCAGAUGAAAAUCAUUUAUUAAACAUUUGUUGGUCAGUAGAAAUGAAACAAUACGACGUACGAAAGACAUUACAAAUAAAAUCGGCUGUUUUCAGUUCCGCUUACAUACAAAAUAAGGCACGGUUUUAUUAGUGUCUGUCUAGUAAAUGUACAAAAUGUGAUCACACAAACAAAAAUAAAAUAUAAAAAAUGUACAUUAAAAAAAGACUUUCAAAAUAAAACUGUACAGUGUACCCAUAUAUUUUGGAGCAAAUUAUAAGUCAUGUUCAAGCAAAUCUUUUCGUCAUAACCUCUAUAACAGACGACAAACU